AUGGCUACCGAAGACGCCGCCACUGUUGAGAGCGCUGAUCCGCAAAUCAGCUUCAAAGUCAAGACGUCCAGCGAUGGCCUGCAUAGCAUUACGAUGCCAGAGACCGCAACCGUCCUCGAUCUGAAGACGAAGCUGUCAGGAGGAGAAUUUGAGAACGUAUCAGUAGACAGAAUGCGCUUGAUCUACUCCGGUAGAGUCAUGAAAGACCCCGAACAACUCAGCACAUACAAGAUCAAGGCGGGCAACACAAUACACAUGGUGAAGAGCGCGCAAUCAAAUGCUGCACAAAAUCCCCCAAGUGCAAGCGCUGGUACUGGCUCAGCUGCCCGAGCUGCUCCAGGAGUACCUACCAAUAUGGCUGCUGGAACCGCCAACAACCCUCUUGCUGGUUUGACGGGAGCUAGAUACGCUGGACACAUGGGACUACCAGGAAUGGACAUGUUUGGUGCGGACGGUGGAAUGGGAGCCCCUCCAAACGAAGACCAAGUUGCCGCUAUGCUCGAUGACCCCAACAUCCAACAAACCAUGAACGAAGCCCUCCAAAAUCCGCAGAUGGUCGAUAUGAUGAUAAACUCAAUCCCACACCUACGAAAUGAUCCUAAUGCCCGAGCAAUGUUCAAUAACCCUGAAUUCAGACGUAUGUUGACGAAUCCAGCGGCUCUUCGACAGGCUGGAGAGAUGAGAAGAAGAAUGCAACAAGCAGGAAUGGGCAGUUUCCCAGCUCCAGGAGCUACAGACACUACACCGACUGGUGCGGCCAGCAGUAACCCCAACCCAAGUCAAGCACCGUUUAAUCCCUUUGCUGCACCUGCAGGAUUCGGAGCUGGAGCAGAAGCUGGCAACAACCCAUUUGCAAGCCUCUUCGGUGCACCAGGCCAGACACCUGCUCAAACACCUCCACCCCCUGGAUCUGCAGGACAACAAACACCACAAUCGCCACCAACAGCCGAUCCCAAUGCCGCCAAUCCAUUCGCCUCUCUCUUCGCAGGUGCAGGAGCUGCUGGUCAGAAUCCGUUCGGUCAGAUGCCUCCAAUGACUCCAGAGAUGAUGCAACAAGCCAUGCAGAUGCUCCAGAAUGGUGGAAUGGGAAACAUGUUUGGCGGUGGAAACCAAUGGGGUGCAGGAGGUGCCGCAAGUCCGCCACCACCUGCCGAUACAAGACCUCCCGAGGAGAUGUACGCGGAUCAAUUGAGACAGCUAAAUGAUAUGGGUUUCUUUGACUUUGAUCGUAAUGUUGCCGCCUUAAGACGAAGUGGGGGAAGUGUCCAGGGUGCAAUCGAGCAACUUCUCAGCUGA